UGCUGCUUCCCAGACUGUUGCUGUGUUUGUUGUGCGAUCGGACUCUCUGACGCUCGUCGAUGUCUCUCUGCCGUCACGUCUUUAAAGAAACUCACCUGUAAUCCCGAGCUGGAGUUUUCCUGUGGAAAGAGGAACACCCUCCAUCGUUUCCCUACCUCUGGGUAAAACUCUGCCACCUGCUCCAGCAGAAUCAGAAGCUGAACUGAUCCUCACCUGUGCCUCCUCCUGCUGCAGACACCUGUCCAUAAACCUGAGCUAGCCUGAGUCCACUGACAGAGUUACCUUCAUCAGUGAUGACACGGAGAGUUCGAGCGUUUAAGGACUGAUAACAGAGUCUGGAUGGGAUGAAGGGGUGGAGUUUCCUGAACAUGUCUCCAGACUGUCGAUGUCAGCGAUCACCUUUGCUCAGUGGCGCUCCAUCCUGCUAGAAACACUCCAAGCUGCUCCUGGAUGGUUAGAAGGUGUUGGUCUGUGAGGACGUCGUGCUGAGAUCAGCUUGGAGCUCUGAUACGGCGGGACUGCAUCUCCACACGUCAGGAUUUGGUCCAGAAGCUGAGACGCAGCAGAAGAAGACGGGUCAAGCACUGAGUGUGGGUGGAUGGCUCAUCCAGCAGUAAAAGUCUGAAACUGUUGUUCAGCGAAUCGCAGAAGCACGCAGAAAUCAUCACACUGAAGCGUCUGAGGAGCACAAACGAUGUUUCCUGUGUGAGCAGCUCCGCCUCUCCUUUAAAGGGAUGUGUGAGCCUUUCCCGGGACGGCGUGUUAGGAGCCACAAGCUCCUUCAGACAUGCUCGCAGUAAAGCAAAGAAGCUUUGAUGCGCGCCAUCGCACGACCGCGUCUCCAUCCAAGCACUCGAGAUCGUUCAUGUUUCAUCUUAACCCUUUGUGUCAGGCUGACUGACGUUCCUGUAGUUCUUCUUCUGCUCUGUGAAGCGCCUGCGCUGCUUCAGUGUCGUCAUCUCUUAAAUCAGCUUUAAUCACCUGCAAACACCCACACAUCCGCCCGCCUGAGAGACGCAGCUCCAGCUCUAAUGAGUCUUUAAGGUGACCUUUCAAACCACAUGAAGUGAAACCACACACACACACACACACACACACACACACACACACACACACACACACACACACACACACACACGGCUCUACCCGUCUCGUGUCUCCAGGUGUGUUUUAAUCUCUCUGUGGUCUCUGCGGUGUCACAUAUCAAACACUCUCCCGCCUCACCUGAGGCCGCGGGGCUUCCAGGAAGGAAGCGGCGGCGGCACCGUCUCUGCCGACUGAUCUGCUGGAGCUUCAAAAGCUCCUUCAAAACUUCUGAGGACCCGGCGGCUGACAGAGGGCAGAUCAGAGGGGAGGGGAGGGGUAUAAAAAACAAGCACACCUGAAGGCAGCAGGUAGAAGGAGGCGAGCUUCGUUCGGAUAAGCAGGCAGGAGACUCUGCGGGUUUGCUCCGAUGACUGAAAGAAACACAGCUCUGUAGGAUUUUCUCGUGAAGAGCUCAGAGGAACUGAAGAAGCUGUGAAGCCGUUAUUGCCCGACUGAUCAACUGAUUGAUUGGAGGAUGUGGAUGCUGCGCAGCGUCCUGUGUGUGUCUCUGGUCUGCGGUCUGGCUCUGGACUCAAACACCAUCAGAUCCUCCAAAGAGUCGACGCUGCAGAGCUCCGAGCUGCCGGAUCGUUCCCAUGACAACAGGACGGAGACAAAUUCCAACUCCCACCGACGACAAAGGCCGACAUGUACUGCGACCGAAUGCAACGCACCUCCGCAGAGGGGGCGCUGCAGUAACAGAGCUGACAGGAGGCCGUCCCCCAGUGACGGACAGGCGGACGGACAGGCGGGCAGAGUGACGGGAGGACAGAGGGACGCCGACGGCAACAGGACCAAAGCUCCGGAGAUGUCGAGCUGCGUGCGGUCCGGCGACUGCGCGGACGGCCUGUGCUGCGUCCGGUACCUGACCGGCAAACGGUGCCAGCGGAUCCCGGUGGAGGGCGAGGCCUGUCUACUGCGAGGUCCCACCAAGCGGAGGAGGAACCUGGGGCGCUGCGACUGCGACGCGGGGCUCUUCUGUGCCGCCGUGGACCGGGCGGAGACGGGCAAAAACAAGCGCCAGGGGGUGUGUGCGCCCCGGCCGAAGCAGGGCCAGCGGAAAACAAGGCAUUCUGGGAAGAAGCGGAGGACGGCAGAGGGGAGCUGCUGACGGUCUCAUGAACUCUUUAUUUAAGUCUGUAGAAGGUUUUAGAUGUUUCUCAUAUCACAGGUUCAUCCAAUCAGCAGCUGCCACACUUUCUCCAUCACUGUCACUUCAACCAAUAAAAGUCAAUGAAACUUGG